UCAGUGUAACCCAUGUUCCUUCAUCCUCACAGACCAAGGAUUUCAUCCACUCAGAGCUGCUGGCCUACCUGUACUCCUCCGCAGACCAAAACAGCUUGAUGGAGGAGUCUGCAGACCAGGCACAGCGCAGGGAUGACAUGUUGCGAAUGUACCAUGCUCUGAAGGAAGCCUUGCACAUAAUUGGAGACAUCAGUACCAGCACCGUUUCUACACCAGUUCCUCCUCCUGUGGAUGACACAUGGCUUCAGGCAGGGAGCAGUGGUCAUAGCCCAACACCACAGCGCAGGCCUCCUUCUACUGUUCUGCCACCAGGGAGACCCCCAGCUGUGAGGGGGCCCAUGCCGGGCCCUCCCUUGAUCCCAGUACCAGCAGCAGGCCCUUCCUCUUUUGUGGCACCACCCAUUCCUUCACGCCCUGGACCCCAGAGUGCUUUUGUUGCUAAUAAUGACCCCUUUUCAGCCCCUCCUCAGAUUCCUUCACGGCCAGCACGCGUUCCACCCGGCAUUCCUCCAGGCGUGCCCAGGUAGAGGCCAGUUCACUUUCCACAGCAUUUCUCUUGGCUUUGCAGGGCUGCCAGAGACAUUGUUUCAGUAGACCCUCAAGCUUAUCUGUCUUACUUUUCCCCCUGUAUAACAGUGUCCCCAUUAAAAAUGAAGGAUAAUAUGAAAGAAUUUAGAACUGAAAAUGGGAAAAAAGCAUUUGCAACAUUGGUUUGGUGCAGCUUCACUCGAAUUAGUGGAGUAUGUUUAAGGAGGAUCAGAUGUGGUAUUUAGUCUCCUUGUCUUUAGUUAAAAAGAGGCUGCUUCUACGUUUUUGUUCACCUCUGUUAUACCAUACCUUACAAAUGGCUGUUCUUCCUCGAGAGAGAGAGAUCAUUUUCACUACCACAGGCUAGAGGAAAACUCCAUUUCCAAACUAGGAAUUUAGUACAAUGUACCUUAGAAAUGAUUUCUGAAUUCAGAGUCAUCCUGAGACAACAGUGCCAGAAAAAUUGACUGGUUCUUUCUAAUUAGGGCUGCAAUGUUCCUUAGAAAAACAGAAAAUUUUAGCAUUGGUUGUAGAAUUUAGUUGCCUUGAUGUUACUGCUUUCACCUUAAACUUGUAGCUCUUGUGGCUGUAGAAAGAAGUGUGUGGGAAAUGGCUGGUGAUGUCUAAGAAGGGAAGAAUGUAGUGAAGAAUAGGGUCUCAGUGUGCUCCAUGAUG